CAGCAGGUGUAUGUGCAAUGAAGGGACAGAUUUGUUUAUAAAUGUAUUUACAUUGAUUACAUUUGUGGUUUCAUUGGACUCAUUGUUAAGUCAGCACUGGCCAAAGAUAUAAUUUUUCUGGAAAUUCUAUUGAAAAACCUAACUUUGGCGCUGAAUUGCCAAAUAAAUAUAUAAUUUAGCAGAUACAAGGACUCUUUUUUUACAAAAUCCAUGAAGGUACCACCAGAAAUAUUAGCAAAAUGGAACAUGUCAUUUCGCAACUUGAACGGGGAACUGUGGUUAUUAAAUUCUUCGCAAGGAAACGACCGGAGCGGAAAACCUUGAUCGUGAAAAGGAGUACUCGGCAAAUUAUCUGGUCUAAAAGUGCUACAAGUCCUGUUGAUGGGUUAAUUGAAAUAUCGGAGAUCCGAGAGAUAAGAAUUGGAAAAGCCUCAAAAAAUUUUGAGAAAUGGUCAGCAGAUGCAAACAAAUUAGACGACUUAAGAUGCUUUGUCAUAUAUUAUGGUUCUGAAUUCCGUUUAAAUUCUAUUUCAGUAUGUGCUUUUAGUGAAAGAGAAUGCGACAUGUGGGUGAAUGGGUUACGAUAUUUGAUUCGUGAUACAAUUGAGGCUCCUUAUCAUGUUCAUGUCCAAUGGUGGCUCAGAAAGGAAUUUGACAAUAUGAAAAAUGACGAUGGGAUGGUGUCAUUGAAAGAUAUCAAGGCAUUCUUGUCAAGGGUCAAUUGUAAAAUCUCUACCAAUAAACUAAGACAUAUCUUUGAAGAUGUAGAUGUGAAUGGUAAAAAUGAAUUGGAAUUCAGUGACUUCAUCAUUCUCCACCGGGAGUUAAUGUUGCAAAAAGAUAUUGGUGUCGACUGGAGUGAAUUCACUGAAUAUUUUGAUUCACAUAAUACAAUUACUCUUCAGAAAUUUCAAAAAUUUUUAGUAAAUGAACAGGGAGACUCCUUAGCAAGUAACGAAUUACAUGUAUUUCGUUAUAUUGGAGAAUGUUUGUAUGAUUAUCAAAAGGAUACUCAGUAUUAUAACUUAACUUUAUCCGAGUUUAUCGAUUUUUUAUUUUCUAAGCAAAACGAUAUAUGGGAUAGUAAACACGAUCAGGUGAUUCAGGAUAUGACCAGGCCAUUGUCACAUUACUGGAUUGCUUCAUCACAUAAUACAUACUUGAUGGGCGAUCAAAUUAGCAGUGAAAGUAAUUGUCAAGCUUAUGUUAGAGCAUUACGAUCUGGUUGCAGAUGUAUAGAACUUGAUUGUUGGGAUGGUCCUGAUGGAACACCAUUAAUUUUUCAUGGCCAUACGUUGACAACUAAAAUAAGAUUUCUUGAUGUAAUCAAGACUAUUAAAGAACACGCUUUUGCAACUUCUGACUAUCCCGUGAUACUGUCAAUAGAAGAUAAUUGUACAGUAUCUCAACAACGUAAGAUGGCUGAAAUGAUGUUGGAAGUAUUUGGUGAAAUGUUAUUAAUUCAACCCAUUGACAAACACGAGACCUGUUUACCCUCUCCAUAUGCAUUGCGUAAGAGAAUUAUUUUAAAGCAUAAAAAGUUACCGGAAGGCCUGGAUGAGACAUCCUUAAUCGCACUACAAACUGAUGAUAGUAACUCGGUAAAGAAUUCGAAACAUACUAUUAAAAAUGGUACACUGUAUCUAAAAGACCCUAUUGAAGAUGACUGGAUUCCACAUUUCUUUAUAUUAACUGAGGAAAAUUUGUUGUAUUCGGACACAUUCGCAAGAUUACGUGGAACGGAUUCAGAGGAUGACGAUGAAGAAGUCAAUCAAAAAAUUUUUGAUGAUACUUCACUCAGUGAUCUACAUGUUGGGGAAAGUUGGUUCCAUGGAAAACUCAAGGGCGGAAGAGAAGAAGCUGAGGAAUUAUUACAGAGAUAUUCGUACCUCGGUGAUGGAAUCUUUUUAGUACGAGAAAGUUGUACCUUCGUUGGAGAUUAUUGUCUUUCUUUCUUAUGCAAAGGCAAAAUAAAUCAUUGUCGUAUUAAAUUGAAACAGCAAAUGGGAACUUUUAAAUAUCAUAUUAUCGAUAAAGUUCACUUCGACAGUUUGUAUAGCCUUAUAUCCCAUUAUCGAUGUCAUCCGAUUAGAACUCAGGGGUUUUUAAUUACAUUACAAGCUCCUGUACCGCAACCACAUGAACAUGAGAAAAAGGAAUGGUGGCACCCUGAGUGUAAUCGAUUAUGUGCCGAAAAUAUGUUGAGAAAUAUUUCAUCAGAUGGAGCAUUUUUAGUGAGACCCAGCGAAAAAAACGUUAAUUCGUAUGUCAUCUCAUUUAGAUCGGGUAAGAGUAUUAAACACUGCAAAAUUCAGUUCGAAGGGCGUUUGUACACUGUUGGAUCUAGGGCAUUUGAGAGCCUGGUUGAAUUAAUAGAUUAUUAUAAACGAAAUCCUUUUUACAAGCGAACGAAGCUGAGUCAUCCGGUGUACCGUGAUCAGUCUGGGAAUGCUGAUACAGUAACAGUGAAAGCUAUAUAUGAUUAUAAAGCCAAAAGGGAUGAUGAAUUAAUUUUAGUAAAACACGCUAUAGUAACAAAUGUGAAUCGUCACGAUGGGGGAUGGUGGAGAGGCGACUAUGGAGGUAAAAAGCAAUGCUGGUUUCCUGCUAAUUACGUCGAGAUUGUUGAACCUAUCAGAAAUCACGAUUUCCUUUCAAAUUCCGCGAUCCAUGAAAAUGCACGCGAGAAGGGCUCGUUAGAUGUAGUCGGAAUGACUGCUAAAUUACUGACAGGAGAGAAAAACAAUUUAGAAUGGAUUUUACGAAUAGAAAAUUCAAUCGUAGGAGGUGCUUUAGACGCAGCUGCCUCUUCGAAGGAUGUCGCUGUUGACUGGAUGAAUACCAUCAACGAAACUGCGCAGAAUGCUAUUGCUAAGGAGCACCAGAAUAAGGAAAAUGAACGAGUGUGGAAGGUAGCAAAGGAGAUGUCUAAUCUAGUUGUGUACUGUCGGACUGUCGUAUUCAACGCGGAGAGGAUUAAAGCCAAAGGUUUCAUUUUUACCGAAAUGAGCAGCUUCCCAGAGAAUAAAGCAGAGAAAAUAAUGUGUCAUCAGGAAAAUAAAUUAUUUCUAAGGUAUCAUCAGAUUCAAGUCAGCAGAGUCUAUCCUAAAGGUCAGCGGAUAGAUUCCUCCAAUUAUAACCCAAUGCCUAUGUGGAAUUCUGGUUGCCAAAUGGUUGCAUUGAAUUACCAAACUGGUGAUAAGCCAAUGCAACUCAACCAUGCCAAGUUCAGAGACAAUGGCAAUUGUGGAUACAUCUUAAAACCAGAGUUCAUGUUCGAUGACAAUUUCUGCCCAUAUGAUAAGAGUACAUUGCGUGCUGUCGAGAAAUAUACGGUUAAUUUACGUGUAAUCGCAGCAAGAUAUUUAAGCAGACCGGGAAGGUGUAUUUCUAAUGCAUUUGUCCAGGUUGAAGUUGUUGGAGCAGAUUUUGAUGCUGGAUUAAAAUUGACAACGAGACCUAUUGUUGAUAAUGGUCUGCACCCAACUUGGAACGAAUCGUGUGAAUUUUUGGUAGAAAAUCCACACUUUGCCCUGCUUCGAUUCGUUGUAGAAGACGAAGAUAUGUUUGGAGAUACUAAUUUCAUUGGGCAAGCUACUUAUCCAUUCCUCUGUUUACGAACUGGUUACAGGAGCGUUCAUUUAAGAAACAGUUACAGCGAAGACAUAGAACUCGCUUCACUUUUAGUACAUAUCAAAAUGAAAAAAGCAUCGGAACCGAAACGAGGAAAUGCAUAUGAGAUCUGUGGAGAAGAAGAAGUAACUUAAUAGGUUAAAAUUAAUAAUUUAUUAUGUACUUACUCAAAACCAGUUUUGUCGAAUGAUUCCUGUAUAUCUGUUAAGCAACUUGUAUCGUAGAUUUGUAUCCUUUUAUACUUUACGUUUUAUUGACAAAUAAUUUAAAGAAACGACGGUUCAAUAAAUAUUGUAUACAAAUGA